UGCAAAUCAACACAGUGCCAUCAUCCAAGAUAUAUAUGAAUCUUCAUAUUGAUUCUGUGAUUGCAAUGCGUCAAAGGCUUAUUGAUGAAGGAUACACGGCUGGUGAUGCAGCCACACAGACGCCCACUCAGAGAGUUGUGCAGCACAUUGUGGAAACAAUGACACUGAAGGAGCUAAGUGAGAAGAUUACUGGAGAGUAUAUUAAGAAACAAGUGUACUGUGUUGUCAAGGUCAUAAGUGUGGAAGAAAAUGGCUGGUGGUGCAAUAGCUGUGGAGGGUGUGAGACUGAAGUGGAGAAGCAGGCUGGCAAAUUCUUUUGCAAAAAUUGCAAUCAUUGCAUUCCUGUGGCAGAGAAAAGGUAUAGGGUUGUCAUUCUUGGGGAGGACACCACAGAGGCAUACAACUUUGUUCUGAUGGACCGAGGAGUGAAGAGGAUGCUUGGUGUUACAGCAACAAAAAUGAUUUCCGACAAGCUUAGGAACCAAACAGCCAAUGAUUUUCCACCGGAAAUUAAAGCUCUGACAGGAAAAGAGCUGAAGCUUAAGGUUCUUAUAAACGAGGACAAUGUCAAGGCGAAUAGCAGAUUGUUUUUUGCUGUUGAUGUCUGUGAUGCAGCGGCUUCUUCCUCAGCAAUGUGUUCAGUAUCAGGCACCUCUAGCACAACUGAUACAAAUGGAGAUACCUCUGCUGCAAAAGUAUCACAAGGCCUCGACACACCAGGAACUGCUAGGUCUUCUUCAAAAAAAAUAAAAUUGGAGAAGUAGACCUAACUAUCUCCAUGAAAAGCUUUGGCAGCGUAUGAUCAGUCCAUGCUCGAACUGGAUGGAGAGGUCAUCCUAGGAAUCUCAUUGUCCACUUUUGCAUUUUUAUUCUCAAUUAGAAACUAUUCGCAAUUGAUGUUAGUUAUGUUAUUUCCGUUUUUCCAAAACUUAUUGAAUUAUUGAAUGA